UAUGUAAGGAGCUCCAGUAAUUGUAGUUAAUGCUAACACAAAAAGAGAAUAGGGUAGAAAAGCUCAAUUAGGAAAUAUCUAGGCAGCCAAAGCUGUAUCAGAUAUUGUCUUGACUACUCUUGGACCCAGAUCAAUGUUAAAAAUGUUACUUGAUCCAAUGGGCGGCAUUGUAAUGACAAAUGAUGGCAAUGCAAUUUUAAGAGAGAUUGAUGUUUAGCAUCCAGCAGCAAAGAGUAUGAUCGAAUUAGCAAGAGUAUAAUAUAAUAAUUAAGUAUUUAAAGGCUCAAGAUGAAGAAGUUGGAGAUGGAACAACAUCAGUUAUCAUAUUAGCAGGUGAAAUGAUGGUAGCAGCUAGACCAUUCAUUGAAAAGAAUAUUCAUCCAACAGAAAUUGUUAAUGGGUAUUUCAGAGCCUUGGAAGAUUCUGUAAAAAUUUUAGAUGAGAUUUCACAAUAAAUAGAUACCGACAAAAAAGAAGAAGUAAUGAAAGCAUUACAAUCUUGUAUUGGUACUAAAUUUGCAUUUAGAUGGGGAACAUUAAUUAGUGAUCUCUCUUUAUAAGCAACAAAAAUAGUUCUUAGAGGAGGAAAUAUUAAUAAAUUAAAUUUAGAAAUUAAGAGAUAUGCAAAAGUAGAAAAAAUACCUGGAGGUAUCCUAGAAGAUAGUUGUGUACUUGAAGGAGUUAUGAUUAAUAAAGAUGUUACUCAUCCAAGAAUGAGAAGAGAAAUUAAAAAUCCAAGAAUUAUUUUAUUGGAUUGUACAUUGGAAUAUAAGAAAGGUGAAUCUAUGACAAAUAUGGAAAUGACAAAAGAAUAAGACAUGACUGAUGCACUUUAAUAAGAAAUUAAUGAAGUUGCUCUUAUGUGUAAUGAUAUAUUGAAACACAAACCUGAUAUUGUAAUUACAGAAAAAGGUGUUUCAGAUUUGGCUUAACACUUUUUAUUAAAAGGAAAUGUUUCUGUUAUUAGAAGAGUAAGAAAAACAGACAAUACAAGAAUUGCAAGAGUUUCAGGUGCUACAAUUGUUAAUAGACCAGAAGAAUUAUAAGAAACUGAUGUUGGUACAUUAUGUGGAACAUUUGAAGUCAAAAAAAUAGGAGAUGAUUAUUUUGCAUUCUUUGUAGAUUGUUAGAAUCCAACUGCAUGCUCUAUUAUAUUAAGAGGUGCAUCAAAAGAUGUUUUAAAUGAAAUGGUAUUUUUUAAAAUUAAUAUUAAUUAGGAAAGAAAUUUACAUGAUUGUUUGGCAGUUGCAAAAAAUAUUUAUUAAGAUCCAAAAUUAUUACCAGGAGGAGGAGCUGUAGAAAUGGAAGUUAGUGCUAGAUUAUUGGAAAAAGCCAAUAAAGUUGAAGGAUUAGGUCAAUUACCAUAUAAAGCUGGUAUAUUUAAUAAUUAUAUAUUUAAUAGUUGCCUAUGCUUUAGAAAUCAUACCAAGAACUCUUUCUGCUAAUUGUGGAGCUGAUACUGUUAGAGUAUUGACAGAAUUAAGAGCUAAACAUAGUGAAACUGGAGGAUUAUUUUUUGGAGUAGAUGGUAAUACAGGAAAAAUUGCUAAGAUGAAUGAAAUUAAUGUUUGGGAGCCAUUAUCUGUUAAAAAGUAUAUUAAUUCUUUAACAAUUUAGAUAAGUUUUCAAAACUGCCAUUGAAUCAGCUUGUAUGUUAUUGAGAAUUGAUGAUGUUGUAUCAGGAAUCAAAAAGAAGUAAUAAUAAUCAGGACGUUAAGGAGAAGAGGAACCCUAAGAAACAUUUGGAGAUUAAAGAGAUGGUUGAU